AUAUGUGUGUAGAACUCUUGUUAUUUAAACAUAUAUAGCGUUGCAACAAUAUCUUUUGGCAUAACUUUAGCACUGUGAGAAUGCUUCUCUUUCCAUCUGUCUCCGGUUCGGAGUUUCACGGUCUUUGUUGUGCUUGUCAAGCGAGUUUUCUCUCCCCCACCUCUGUGUGUCUCUGCUGUUCUCAUGCACACGGUACAACAAGCAGGAAGUAGAAAUAGGCAGACACCAGCGGAUGAAAAUAAGGAAGUAAACACUGUUGGAUCGAAGCUGGAGCCCCCUCUACUACUGUCGUUUGAAAGUAGAUCAGCCGACAGCUCAGUAAGAAUUCAAGACACAACGUUGUGCUACGGAAGUUAGCCGUCAGGCUAACACCUCCAGUGACUCUUCAUUAUCUCAAAACAAGCUCUAGACAGAACAAUAGAGCAAGGGAGGAAAACAGACAAAAUUAUUUUUAUUCACCAUGGAACACAAAUGGGACACUCAGGAAGGAGCCAUAGGAGUAGACCUGGAGGAGCUACCACAGAUGGAUGGUACAUGUGAUGCAUGCGAGCCCGAUGAGGCCCAACCAGCGACACAGGUGUGCCACAUCUGCAGCUUUGCUUUCUGCCUGGUCCAUGCUGAAAGACAUGCCAACAGCACACAUCACCCGUUAAUGCCUUAUAACCAUGAGGGGACACAAGCUAAUGGACCUGGCACCAACAGAGACUCCAGAAUUAGAGCCGAGGAGGAGGAGGGUGCGGAGGGUCAGGGGAUGGCGCCUCUUGCAAUGGAAGUAGAUAAUGGAGAUGCGAGCGGGGAUGCUGAGGCGAGAAAUGGCGCCCAGAAUGGUUGGCCAGUGGAGGCCGAGCUGGGUGACAGAGCUGAGGGUGCAGAGGCAGGGCAGGAGGUCCUGGCUGAAGGAGACGCUGGGAAGAGGGACACUGUGACGGUAGAGAGACUGCGCUGCAAGGAGCAUGGGCAGGAAGGCUCCCUCUACUGCAAACCAGAUGAGAAGAUCAUCUGUGUGGUGUGUGCUGUGCAAGGUGACCACAGGGAUCAUGAAAUCAUCACUCUGCAUGAGGCCUACAUUUGGCAGAAGAGCAGGCAGGGCUAUGACCUACUGGGCUGUACACAACAGAUGGCCGAGAAGAUCAAAACCAAGUGGACCAACCCUGAGAUGUCUACAGAAGAGUUGGAGGCCUAUGUGAACAGCCAGUUUGAUGAGCUCCGAAAAUUGGUGCGUCUGGAGGAGAAGCGGACCCUUCCCUUGGUAGCCCUCAAAGAGGCUUUCCUGACAGCGUCCGCCGCUGAGAAGAUCACAGAAAUCACUGUCCAGACUGAGCGGCUGCAGGAGGAGAUGGCCAACAUCACACACCAGCUGUACCUGCUGGAACAAGCUGAGGCACAGGCAAUUGGUCCCCCAGCGAUAGCAGAGGUCCUCGCAGCAAAGCCCGGAGUAGCCCACAGAGUCCUGGACGACGUUGAGGCCAGGCCAAGGCUUCCAGAGCCGAGGGCAGGCCCCAUGGACCCACGGGACUUUGAAGACAGUGACUCUGGACCAUCCAUGGGCCAUGCCCCCUGACACUGGCAGACCAGACUCUUACUACUCCAACCCAGCCUUCACUAUCUGCUUCGGCCAGCCAUCGGCCCUGUUGAGCUGCCAGUCCGGCCACAUCUCUGUCAGCCAUCUCUCUUUUACCCCCACUCCCCUGUCCUCCCUCCUAGUGCCUGCUGGCAGUGAACUGACCUUGAAGAAGGUCAUGCAUUUUCUGCUCUCAAACAUUUUAAAUUCCUCACUAGCUAAACUUUCUUUAAUUUAAGCACACAAGUUAUGUGCAAUCAAUUACCAUCAGGCUCAAUUUUCACAGCCAGCCAGAUCCUUGGCUUACUGGUGAGCCUGGCUGGCUCAGAGAGGGAAGCCUGGGUAGGCAGCCGAGCAGAGCAUCUGUUAAGCCCAACAGAUGUCAGGAACGGGAAUAUCUGUGGCACUGUGUGGCUCUUCAUUUAUUUGAAAUAUUCUUGUGAUUCUUUCAUUUUGAUGGACAAUAUGGACCAAGACCUAGAAAGGGGAUAUUUGUCAAAUGUAUAUUACAACAGGUGUUGUGGGAACUAUAUUUUGAUUGUAUAAAUGUCUCUCUUUUCUGUGCUGUAAUGUUCUUUCUUGUGUUUCUGUCAUUUUGUUGCCUUCACCCCUCUUAUCUCUACUUCAUCUGCCCUACCUGCUAUUUUUUAUGCUUGUAGAUUUGUGUUCACUACCUUCUAUAUGUCAGAAAUGGGGGCCAUUUUGACAUCUAUUGAUUGGUGAAUGUUACGGGAGUUUUCGUUAGGUGGAAAUCAAAGUGUAUUUUGACAAAAUAGCACUCUCCCAGUAUCAGCUUUCUGUGUACUGUGAUGUAAAGCCUCCUUACUCCUGGGCAAUUUGCAGUGUAUGACAGAUUACAGUGCAGACGUGUAUGCACUUUCUACCUUGACCUGCUCAAUGUAGCUUUCAUUCAUGACACAUUGCUGCAAGUUUGUCUGUAUCAGCAGUUUAUAUAUGGCUGGGAUUUUGUUGCCUUAAAUUCAAAAUUGAAAGCAGUGUUGCGUAAUAUGUGGGCCAUGUUUGUCAUCGGUGUGACUUCACAAUGGUAGCGCUGCACUAAGAUGCUCUGGGAGUUGUAUAGCUUCCCAAGGGAAGCCUAUUGAAAUAAUUCUUUUUUUAUUGUAGUGGAGAGUGGCUGUUUGAUGAUAGCUGUUGUUUUUAUUUGUCUGUUUUUGUCUUUAUUCUAUAAAUAAACAGCCUUUUUGGAUUGAA